AUGAAAAUCGGCAAGAAGGAGGAUUUUAAGUUCCAUGACAGAUGUGAGAAACUCCAGCUAAAUCACUUAUGCUUUGCAGAUGACGUUCUACUUUUUUGUCAUGGUGAUUUCAAAUUCAUUUACCGCCUGCUACAAGGUUUGAAGCUCUUUUCUCAAUCUUCAGGCUUGCAGCCCAGUGUGGAAAAAACCUCAAUCGAUUGUGCUAAUAUGAAUGAAUACGAAGUACAGCGAGUAAUUCAAGUAUCAGGAUUUCAGAGAAGUUCACUUCCAUUUACUUACUUGGGUAUUCCUGUCUGUGCAAAGAAAAUUCCAGCUGCGGAAUGUGAGGUGAUUCUUGAUAGGAUGGUACAACGAAUUCGAGUUUGGAGUUCAAGGAACCUUUCUUAUGCUGGAAGGGCUACUUUGGUGAACUCGGUUCUUAUGGCUAUCCAUUCAUAUUGGGCGCAAAUCAUGAUCAUUCCUAAGAAGAUCUUACAUAGAGUUAAUAUAAUAUGUAGGAACUACUUAUGGAAAGUUAUGGUUGACUCAACUAGUUCGGGUCAGGUAGCUUGGGACAAUAUGUGUCGUCCUAAGAGUGAAGGGGGCUUGGGAUUCAGGCGGAUUACCAAGUGGAAUGAGGCAGCUAUUGGCAAGUACGUUUGGGCAGUGGCUUCGAAACAAGAUACACUAUGGGAAAUAGGUUCUGGCAGCGGCUCUUACAGCUCCAGUAUACCAGAUCUGGCAUUGCCGGAAUGUUGCAAUUUGGAAUCAAAGGGUAUGUACGGUGUUGGUUCUCACAAAAAGAAUUCAAAGUGA